UUUGUGAGAGAGUGUUAUUGUUAUUGUUGUUGUUGUGUUACGAUUCUUCUUCCUUUUUAAAAUUAAAAAAAAAAAAGGUUUUUUAAAAUGUCUGUUUCGGAUUUUUUAUUUUGAUUUUCUCUAUUAUUAUUAUUGGCGUUGUUUGUUGCUAUUAAUUAAAUUCUGGUGCUAAAUUGAGAGAACUGUGGGUGUGUGUGUGACAGAGAGAGAGAGAGAGAGAGAAGAAAGAGGAAUCAGGUUAGCUCCUUUGAAUUUUCUAUCAGAAUCUGAGGACCCAAAAUCUAGGGUUUUCUGUUCUUCCUUGGGGAUCUGAAGGCAUGCAGUCCAAGUCUGAAACUGCAAAUAGACUGAGGUCAGAUCCUCAUACCUUUCAGUCUGGUGGUGUUUAUUCUGAGCCUUGGUGGCGUGGUAUUGGGUACAAUCCCUUGGCCCAAACAAUGGCUGGGGCAAAUGCGUCCAAUUCGUCGUCUCUUGAAUGUCCUAAUGGUGAUUCAGAAUCCAAUGAAGAAGGCCAGUCAUUGUCCAAUAGUGGAAUGAAUGAGGAAGAUGAUGAUGCCACUAAGGAUUCACAGCCUGCUGCUCCUAAUGAACCAGGAAAUUAUGGGCAAGAACAGCAAGGGAUGCAGCACACAGCAUCAUCUGCACCUUCCAUGCGCGAAGAAUGCCUUACACAGGCGCCACAGCUGGAACUUGUUGGUCAUUCAAUUGCAUGUGCUACAAAUCCUUAUCAGGAUCCGUAUUAUGGGGGCAUGAUGGCAGCUUAUGGUCACCAACAGAUGGGAUAUGCUCCUUUUAUAGGAAUGCCUCAUGCCAGAAUGCCUUUGCCGCUUGAGAUGGCUCAAGAGCCUGUGUAUGUUAAUGCCAAACAGUACCAAGGAAUUCUGAGGAGAAGACAGGCUCGUGCUAAAGCAGAGCUUGAAAAGAAGCUAAUAAAAUCUAGAAAGCCAUAUCUGCAUGAA